AUGCCAUCUGUUGAACACAGGAUGAAGACCCAGUUUGACCAAUUUAGUGCUGAGGACAACAUUGAAGAACCUUCACAUGGUAAUAUACGUAAACUGCUGAUUAUGGGCUUAGAAGGGAGUGGCAAAACAUCGCUGAUUAAUAAUUUAUGUGGAACAUCGUACCUCACGGGAACAAAUCGAUAUGGUUACAGAAUUAUUGACAAUCAAAGAGGUUCGUUUAAAACCAUCUCUCCAUCUUGUGAGAUUAUUCUCUACGACACGAAUGGCUUGAGAAUCAAUGAGCCGGGCAAAUGGCAUGAACAUCUUAGAAGUACAUUAGAAAUCCAUGGUGUCAUCUUCUUUAUUGAUGGACAUGAUAAACGAUGCAGUUUACACGGUGAUCUACCACGAUUGAUUGAAUACUGUCGAAAUUUAGAAUUACCUGUACUGUAUCUAUUUCGAUCGGAUCUCGUCGAUUGGUUAGACGAGGAGUGCAGUUUUGAUAAUUUAGUCAUUGCGAAAAAAAUUGAGAAGACUAGCAACGGCAAUGAUAUUGCUUGGUACACUCAAAGAGACAAACAACGUUUGAAACAACUUAUCGCCAGUCGAUUUGCCUCUGCUACGGUCUCGAAAGCACUCAUCGAUCCUGUUCAAUUGGCAUUGAAAAUACGUGAGAUCGAAACUCGCCAUCAGCAAGAGAUGAGAAAACUGAAGGACGAAUAUCAACAGAUUAUUAAUGAAAAAGAUCUAUAUUAUGUCAAUCUCGAAAAAUUGUAUGAAAACGAACAGAAGCAUUUAGAAUAUCUACAAAAGAAUUUAAAUGAUGCUCAAAAACUUUGCGAAGAUUUUAGAGCCAAAUGUGAUCAGAUGUCAACGGCGAAGAGAAAAUUACAGCAAGAGAUCGAAGAUUUGAAACGGAAAAAGCAAAGCAGUCUACAAACGAUAAAAGUCACAAUGAAUUAUCUACGUACGAACAUUAAUGCAGUCGCAGUUCCCAACAUUCGCGACGAUGGCAAAUUACGUGUUCGAAGCAAAAGACAUCAAUGCAAAAAACACAAAGCCUGGUUACCUUUUAUCGGUCUGACGAUUUCCAAUGACUAUGAUAUCUUGAGUGAGAAGAUUGCAGAACUUCUUAAUGAAGUUGCUAGUAAACUAGAGGAUGUUGACGAUACAUUCUUAUAG